AUGGUAGUAGAAAAUAAAGCAGUUGCUAAAUGGGAGAAUCUGUCACAAAUUGAAGAUAAGUAUCUAAAACAGAGGUCGAAGCUACAUUGGCUAAAGGCGGGGGAUAGAAAUAAUAAAGUGUACCAUAGAGCAGUAACAGUUCGAGCCACUAGAAAUUCGAUUCAUGAGAUUCUUUGUAAUGAUGGUAUUGUGGUAGACACUGCGGAAACAGUGAAGAUUGAGGCGGAGAGAUUUUUCAGGGAAUUUUUACAGCAUGAACCUCAAGACUUUGAGGAAAUUACGGUGGAAAAUCUUGAAGAUAUACUACCUUAUCGCUGUACUGAAGAGGAUAGUGCUCGGUUGAUUAAGGAGGUAACUAUAGAAGAGAUUCAAAGGGUAUUAUUCUCAAUGCCUAGAGACAAAUCUCCUGGACCAGAUGUGUAUACGGUUGAGUUCUUAAAAGCGGCAUGGCAGACAGUGGGGCCAGAGUUCAUCAUAGCUGUAAAAUCCUUCUUUGCAAAAGGAGUUUUACCAAAAGGAAUCAACACAACUAUCUUGGCUUUGAUUCCGAAGAGAUUAGAAGCACGGGAGAUGAAAGAUUACCGUCCUAUCUCCUGCUGUAAUGUACUGUAUAAAGUGGUCUCCAAGAUCAUUGCCAAUCGCCUGAAAACUACUCUGCCAGAAUUCAUAGCUCCGAAUCAGUUGGCUUUCGUCAACGGUAGACUUCUGAUCGAAAAUCUUCUGCUUGCAACGGAGAUAGUCAACAUCCUUCUUGGUACAAAUAAAGCUGCUUCGGAGAGGAGAAUUGGUUACCAUCCGAGAUGUCAGAAGAUGGCUCUGACACACAUGAGCUUUGCAGAUGAUAUAUUGGUCUUCACAGAUGGAAAGAUCAGAUCUCUAGACAAUAUUGUUGAGGUUUUUGAAUAUUACGCAAAGAUAUUAGGACUGGAGAUAAGUUUGGAGAAGUCUACAAUCUAUUUAGCUGGUGUGUCAGAUGCAAGAAGACAAGAAAUGGAGUCGAGAUACUCAAUACAAUCAGGAAAGCUACCUGUGAGAUUACCACAAGCAUGCCUUAAAGAGGUGGAUAGAAUAUGUGAAGCAUUUUGUGGUCAGCAAAGGUUCUUGGAUGUGGAAAAACAUCGUGAGAAAAAUGACUCAAGGGUCUUUCAAGAAAGAGGUGAAGGGUCUUUCAAGAAAGAGGUGAAGAGUGGCAGUCAAACUUCAUUCUGGUUUGAUAAUUGGAGCCAACUGGGAAAAAUUUAUGAUCUGACAGACCAGAGAGGACUUAUAGAUAUUGGGAUUCCGAUCACAGCAACAGUAGAAGAGGCUGUGAAAAACAGAAGGAGAAGAAGACAUAGAGCAAAUCAUCUAAUAGCUAUUGAGAAUCUGCUAUUGCAGCAGGAACAUAUAUUGGUCAAUGAGGAAGAGGAUAAGCCUCUUUGGAAGCAGAGUGAGGAUACUUACAAAGACCAUUUCAACUCUAAGAAGACUUGGAGUCAGCUAACAACAGUUUGUCCAGUGGUUGAUUGGAGUGAGGCUAUAUGGUUUAAACACUCAACACCAAAAUAUUCAUUUCUAGCGUGGCUAGAAAUGCUAAAUAGGCUUUCUACUGCAGACAGGAUGACCAAAUGGGAUGCCGCAACAAACCCGGUGUGUGUUCUAUGCAAUGCAACCGAUGAAACCAAGUAUCAUCUAUACUUUGAAUGUGAUUAUUCCAGAGAAAUUUGGAGAAAGCUCAUGAGUAAACUACUGGAGAACAGAUAUGUGGAGGAUUGGAGAAGAGUAAUUUUGUUGCUCAUGGAUAAAGAUCAAACGAAGCUGAUUACAUUCCUUACUAGAUAUGCUUUUCAAGUGGCUGUAUAUAGUAUAUGGAGGGAGAGAAAUGGAAGAAGACAUGGAGAGUGUCCUAGGAAUGUGCAAAAAAUGGUUCAAUGGAUUGAUAAGGAAGUGAGAAACAGGAUGUCUACAAUCAGAAUGAUGGGAGACAUGAAAUAUGAUGAGGGCUUCAAAUGUGGCCAGAGAGGACAUAUAGAUACUGGGAUUCCGAUCACAGCAACAGUAGAAGAGGCUGUGAAAAACAGAAGGAGAAGAAGACAUAGAGCAGAUCAUCUAAUAGCUAUUGAGAAUCUGCUAUUGCAGCAGGAACAUAUAUUGGUCAAUGAGGAAGAGGAUAAGCCUCUUUGGAAGCAGAGUGAGGAUACUUACAAAGACCAUUUUAACUCUAAGAAGACUUGGAGUCAGCUAACAACAGUUUUUCAAGUGGUUGGUUGGAGUGAGGCUAUAUGGUUUAAACACUCAACACCAAAAUAUUCAUUUCUAGCGUGGCUAGAAAUGCUAAAUAGGCUUUCUACUGCAGACAGGAUGACCAAAUGGGAUGCCGCAACAAACCCGGUGUGUGGUCUAUGCAAUGCAACCGAUGAAACCAAGUAUCAUCUAUACUUUGAAUGUGAUUAUUCCAGAGAAAUUUGGAGAAAGCUCAUGAGUAAACUACUGGAGAACAGAUAUGUGGAGGAUUCGAGAAGAGUAAUUUUGUUGCUCAUGGAUAAAGAUCAAACGAAGCUGAUUACAUUCCUUACUAGAUAUGCUUUUCAAGUGGCUGUAUAUAGUAUAUGGAGGGAGAGAAAUGGAAGAAGACAUGGAGAGUGUCCUAGGAAUGUGCAAAAAAUGGUUCAAUGGAUUGAUAAGGAAGUGAGAAACAGGAUGUCUACAAUCAGAAUGAUGGGAGAAAUGAAAUAUGAUGAGGGCUUCAAAUGUGGUUAG